AAACAACUUCCUGAGGCUGUGUGUGCUGAAAGUUACUCAGCAGAGUGAGAAGCACUUAGAGAAGAUCCUAAAUGUGGAUGAGUUUGUCAAAAGAGUUUUCUCAGUAAUUCACAGCAAUGAUCCAGUUGCUCGGGCUAUUACACUUCGGAUGUUGGGCAGCAUGGCGUCUAUUAUUCCAGAAAGAAAGAAUGCACAUCACAGUAUUCGUCAGAGUUUGGAUUCUCAUGAUAAUGUGGAAGUUGAAGCUGCAAUAUUUGCUGCUGCCAACUUUUCUGCACAAUCAAAGGAUUUUGCUGCUGGAAUAUGUAAUAAAAUCAGUGAGAUGAUUCAAGGUUUGGCCACACCUGUGGACUUGAAAUUGAAGCUGAUCCCUAUUCUGCAGCACAUGCAUCAUGAUGCAAGCCUGGCCUCCAACUCCCGGCAGCUGCUUCAGCAGCUGGUUACAUCAUAUCCCUCUACCAAGAUGGUCAUUGUUACUCUGCACACUUUUACUCUGCUUGCUGCUUCUUCUUUGGUUGACAUUCCUAAACAGAUCCAGCUUUUGUUGCAGUACUUGAAGAAUGACCCCAGGAAGGCUGUGAAGAGGCUUGCAAUCCAAGAUUUAAAGUUGUUGGCCAACAAGACACCACAUACAUGGAGCAGAGAAAAUAUUCAGGUUUAUGAAUUUUUAGAGCUAAAGUUUAUUAUGAAACUUUGCAAUUAGUUGUAGAAUUCUUUC